GGCCCCGUCGCGGCCUCGAUCACUGCCAAGCUCGAGGCCGCCUUCAAGCCAGACGUUUUGGACGUGGUGAACGAGAGCGCGAGCCACAACGUGCCACGCGGCUCGGAAAGUCACUUCAAGGACGCCUCUCCGGUCGCGCACGCCUUUGCGUCGGUGCCGCUGCUCGAGCGACACCGCCUGGUCAAUGAGGCGCUGGCGGACGAGCUAAAGGGGCCGGUGCACGCUCUCACCAUCGUGGCCAAGACACCGGCGCAGUGGGCGAAGGCGAGUGGCGCAGUGCCGCCCUCCCCUCCGUGCCUGGGCGGAUCGAAGGCCUAG